UCCUGCGGAGUUUUGAUUUGGGCGGAUGUGGCCCGUGUCCCCUCUUCCUGGUCCGGCUUCUCCUCCAAACGCGGCUUCUUGGGAAACUCGUGCCUUUGGCUUUUCUUUCUGGGAGGAUUUUGGAGGAAAAGGAGAAACGCCUGAGGCGGAGUUCCUGGGUUUAGAGGGAAGGAACCGGAGGGAGGAAGUUUUCCAGGUGGUAAGCUCCAGGCAGAUGUUUAGACUGCCGCAGUAGACUCUAGAAUUUCCCACCAUUUCAGGCUGGUAUUGUCCGAGGAUGAAAAUGGAGACCCGAGAAGACCUUACAAGUCAUAUACCAAAGCAGUUGUCACAGGAAGUGAGAGGGAGCUGUCAAGUUGGGACGACGGAGGCAUUCUUGCAAAGCACACCAAAGGAGGUGAAACAGGAGCCUGACAAAGACUCGCUUCAGCAAUGGGAAACCCAAUGGCAGGAGUUCCUGAAGAGCGUGGAAGGCCCUCACCCAAACUGGGGCACCUCUCAGUCGAGGGAGGAGCCGUGGGACGACGCCAAAGCCUUCUUGGCCUCCUUUGAGCAAGUGGCCCAAGCCUGCCGGUGGCCUAAGGAAGGGUGGGCACCGGCCAAGCGGAGCGGAGAGGCCAAGCAGGCCUUCACCGGCCUGGAGACCGAAGGCAGGGAGGAUUAUGGGAAAGUGAAGGCCGCCAUCUUGCACAAGGAUGCCAUGCGGCGGGAAAAAGUGCGGCAGUGUUUCCGGCGUUUCCGCUACCAAGAGGCCGAGGGGCCGAGAGGGGCUUAUGGCCAGCUCCAGGAACUGUGUUGCCGGUGGCUGAAAGCUGAAAGGCAUUCAAAGGAGCAGAUCCUGGAGCUGCUGGUCUUGGAGCAGUUCUUGGCCAUCCUGCCUCCAGAGAUAGAGUCCUGGGUCAAGGAAUGUGGUCCAGAGACUUGCUCCCAGGCGGUGGCCUUGGCGGAGGACUUCCUCCAGAAGCAGCGAGAGGCCAAGAGGCAAGCAAACCAGGUGCCGUUAAAGGAAGAGGAGACGGUGGGUUCCCCUGAAGGUGGCCAAGCCCUGCCUGACACGGAGCUUAGUGUGGAGACAAAACAGGAAGAUGACGAUGGGGAUACUGGACCCUUGGGCGAUGAAAGGAAAAGUGAGAAUGAGAGGCAACCAGGUGAGGAUUCCUCAGAAAGAACAGAGUGUGAAGCAUUGAAGGAGAAUGUUUGGGGCGAAGAUGGGCCAGUGAGCCAAGAUGGAAGUCUCACAGAAGAAAAAUCCUUCCCCUUUCAGGUGGGAUACUCCCACGAAAUCACAAUCCAGCAGGAAAGCGAGGAAGAAGAAAGGGGGACUGCUGUCUCCAGUGUUCAUAGCAGAUAUUGCCCUGAGAAUGAAUCAGAUUUAAUGUUUGUAAAUACAUUAAAUCAGAGUGGAAAGCUGAAUGAAUGUGAAAGGCCUCAUGAAGGGACAAGUUCCAACAUAUACCUGAAUCAAAGUAUUUCUGCAGAUAGGAGACAGUGUAUGAAUUUGGAUCUUGGUAAGAUGAACUAUCCAAGAAUCCCCAAAGGGAAGAAGCCGUAUCGGUGCUUGGAGUGUGGGAAAUGCUUUGGUCAGAGGGCCCAUCUUAAGUCACACCAGAUAAUCCACACAGGGGAGAAGCCGUAUAAAUGUUUGGAGUGCGGGAAAUGCUUUGGUCGGAAUACACACCUUACUUUACAUAAGAGAAUCCACACAGGGGAGAAGCCGUAUCAGUGUUUGGAGUGUGGGAAAUGCUUUAGUCAGAAGGCCAAUCUCCAUAAACACCAGAAAAUUCACACUGGGAAGAAGCCUUAUCAGUGCUUGGAGUGUGGGAAAUGCUUUGGUCAGAGUACACACAUUACUUCACAUCAGAGAAUCCAUGGAGAGAGAAGAUGCCUCACGAAAAUCAGCAUUUGCUGAAUGCCGGCAUGGCUGUGUUAGUCUUUUUACCAAAUGCAACGGACAGUCUAAUGGCAUUUUAAAAAGGAAUACCCUAUACCAGGCGUCCUCAAACAUUUUAAGCAGAGGGCCAGUUCAGUCCCUCAGACUGUUGCGAUGACACACUAUAAUUUGAAAAAAUGAUGACCAAAUGAAUGGAAUAGAAUAACUUUAUUGUAAAACGAAAUUAAAUGCUUUCCCCAGCACACAUCACAAGCACAACACACCCAUCCAUCCACCACCGCACAGACCCCAGUGCCACAUCAAUGCAAAACCAUGGAGUUCAAUGUCGUUACAGCUCUAGGAUAAAAGCUGUCUCUCAG